UAUUGAUUUAAAAAAAUGUGUGGGGCAAGGCUAUGAUGGAGCCAGUGUGAUGAGUGGUGUGUACAAUGGUGUACAAAAACAUAUCAAGGAUAUUCAGCCUAACGCAGAGUACGUACAUUGUGCCACUCAUAAUUUGAAUUUGGUCAUAAAUGAUGCCGUUAGCAGUUGUGUGGAAAUACAGAUUUUUUUCGCAACGUUGCAAGAUUUAUAUAACUUUUUCGGAAACAGCAUCAAACGUUGGGAUCUACUGUCAAAAUUCACUGGCGAAUCGGGGACCACUCUAAAAAAACUAAAUCCGACUAGAUGGUCCAGUAGGGUCAAUACGAUAUCUGCAAUAAAACUUCGUUAUUUUGAUAUUAUCAAAGCAUUAACAGAAAUAGUUCUAAAGAGUCCUAAUAAAGAUGAGCGUAGUGAAGCAGAGAGUAUUAAAACGAAAAUGCUAAAUUUCGAGUUCGUGUUGCUUUGUGAAUUCAUGCACAGUGUAUUGAACGACAUCAAUUAUGCAUCCAAAACUUUACAAAAAUGCGACAUCAAUUUGGGCGAGGCGAGUAAAGUUUUAGCAGAGAUCAAAGCAAAGUUGCAAAUUUAUAGGAAUGAUUUCGAAUUAUUCAAGUGCAAAGCCAGUGAAACUGCAAGAAAAUAUGGUAUUGUUACCCAUUUUCAAGAAAAAAGGCAAAGAAAAGUUAAAAAACUGUAAGGAAUUUUUCAAGAAUUCCUUAAAACAUCCCGGGAUCCAAAGAAAAUAUCCAGAGGGGGGUGAGUACGUCGAGAGAGAGAGAGAGCGAGAGAGGCUUAGGUAUAAAUUCGGGUUAAGAAAUAGAGCAUUAGGGUGAGCGGGAGGAAUAACUCCCCAGGUCAUGCGGGUAAAAACCCGAAAAUUAGAUAAGAAGGAGUGAUAGAAGUUCGUGGGAUCGGAAAUAUUAGGGACGCGGGGACCAAGGGGAAUUUCCGGUUAUGAGCCAAAUUUACCGAGCUACGUGGAAUUCCCUGAGGAUCACUCCCCCCGUUUAGAUUUUUUUGGAUACGUGUAGGAGUAUGAAAAAUACCGCUCGAUUUAGGGAUCAAGAGGGAGGGGGAGAUACGUUUUGGGUUUAGGGUGGCAGACCUAGGGGCCUAGAGCAGCCCUAGUAACCCCUAGGAUAGCCAAAAGGCUGAAUAUUAAAUAAAUAAUGAAAAGUUAGGUUUAGGGUAAAAUUUAGGGUUCCCACUUUCCUCUGAUCCUCGAGAAAACAACCAGAAGGAUCUAAUCGCGUUCCGUGGACAGAAUGUUUAAGAAUAAAGAGAAAAAUAAUAAUAAAGAAUCAUCUCCCGAUCCAGAGAUGCUAGGAGGGUAGAGUAACCCCAUUUGAAUUUCGAAUGCGGUUGGCGCGCGUGCCUCCGGUUGACACGGAGACGCCAGCGCCAUUACUGCCGAGUGCGACCGCAACUCGCCUAUUGCGAUUAUUCCAUUGUCGGAAACACGUGUGACGGACACUAAAUAUCGAGGUGCAAUUAUAAGUAAAAUUCGAGUGCAAUCAGGUAGUGAAAGCUUCUAGUCGACGCAACAUCCAGUUAAGAAGACACCCUGGAGGCCAAAAGCAACAAGUUUUGCCCGAGAAAUAAGAUCAGGGAGGUUAUCCGUUGGAUUUUUGCCGGUCGUAGCCGGUCAACAAUAGAACACGUGGGUAACGAGCCACAGUUUUAGGGGUUUUGUUAUUUUCUUUUGUGGAUGAAAGUGCGACGAACCACCUCCAUCCGGACGACGCCCUCUCUCCACAACCUACCCCCUGAGCAGCGCGGGCAUUCAAGGUCUUCCCAUGGAUUCGUAAGCAAAGCUAUGUGUUUUUUUAGUUUUGUGAAUUUUGGUUUACGUUAAGAAUAAGUUUAUUGAGACUCCGGUUUGUCGUCCCCGGUAAAAAGGACGGCUGGCGCCCAACAAAUGUUGCUUACGAAUCCAGGGGAAAGGGCAGUUAACGGGUUUUUCUCAACCCCGAGGAAAAAUCUCGUUACAAAACAUUUUGAUGAAUUAGCUGCUGAUCACCGAUUUCCAAACCGAGAAAAAAAAUUUAAAAUUGAGAUUUUCAAUAAUGUACUAGACACAAUAAUAUCUCAAUUAGAUACA